AACAAGGCUGCACUGCCUGCCCCAGGUGUUUUCCCCCUCCUCCUCAAGCCAACGAGUUCACUGUGCCUGAAGCCUUCAUGCAUCUUCAGACACAUCUCUGCCAGGUGAUAAAGAAAAGCCUAUAUUCACAAAGGGGAAAAGAACUCGGAAGCUACAGUGAUGCUGGCAAUCUCUCUCAAUGGCAAGCAUUUCCCAGCGGUUUGAAAAGAACCACCUGAUCAGCAGAGCCGAGCCAAUGGAUUCUAGACACUGGAUCAUCACUUCUUGCUGCUGUCACUUGUACCAGUUUCUCAACGGUAGUAUUUUUCCUCCCAGCCUGAUGUCGCCUCUUGUGGAUUGAUUGUAAGUUGCGUAGGCAAGGCAUAUGUUUUAAACCCGGUAGUUUCCACUGCUGCUUCUCAAAGAAGAUGCCGGAUACGUUGUGUACAGUGCUACAUACCUUCUUAAGCGUCUUCAUCCCAUCAUCCAACCUCUUGGUGAUCAUAGUCAUCUGUCAGCUGAGAAAGAAGAAACCAAGCAGAAACUAUGUCUUCAUCCUUAACUUGGCAGCUGCUGAUCUGCUGGUUGGUGUGAUGUGCAUUGGGGAAGCUUUGGAUGAUGCAACAGAUGCGCUAUUUGACCGAAAUCUGUUUCUUUGUCUCUUGCGGAUCUGCAUGAGCAUCACUCCUUGCAUUGGGUCCAUUCUCACCUUGCUUUUGGUUUCUCUGGACAGGUACUUGGCAGUGAAGUUGCCACUUCAUUACCCUACACUUAUGAGCAAGAAACCUAUAGUCUUCUCUCUUGUUGUCCUGUGGAUGGUUUCCUCCUUGGUGGGACACAUGCCACUUAUUUUCUCACAACUUCAACAGAGUGAACUCUCAGGUAGCUGUGGGGUCCUGGCAGCAGCCAAGAGUGACUACCUGUACAUAAUCUGCUUUGGCAUCUACAUCCCUGCCUUGCUGACCUUGGUCUGUUUACAUAUCUCGGUGGGGAGGAUUGCUUAUCUUCAUCAGAAGCAGAUCCAGCGUGUCUGCUUGCACCCAGAUACCCCUACUGCUCCUCUCCGCCAUUUCAAAGCUCUGAGGACAGUCCUCAUUGUGAUUAUCUGUUUUGUCCUCUUCUGGACCCCUUAUUAUGUAACUGCCAUUGUGAAAGCUACUUGUACCUCCUGCAUCCUGAGCUCACAGCUGAAGGAUUUGUUAUUCAUUUUAGGAGAAGCCAAUUCUCUGAUAAAUCCUUUUAUCUAUUCGCUAUACAGCAAGGAUAUAAGAAACCAGUUGGUCAAAAUGAUGAAGUGUAAGGGAAAGGGACAAAUAAAACCCCACAGGUCUAACAGGUUGGCAGUGACCCAUUUCAACAUCGUAAACCAAAGUGACUUACCCUGCGGAGGAGCCACAAGACAAAAUUCAUCUGGGGAUCAACCGCCCAAAUCUCCUCCCUUCAACAAUUUCAGAGGAGUAUUCACCAUUUCUUGAUCCAAGGCGGAAGAGAGAAAACCCACCAUAAAGCAGGUGGAAAGCUUAUUGUGUGCUGAUCAUCAGUAAAAAAAGGUAAUGCAAAAAAAGUCCAAAUGUGCAGUCAAGUUUUCUGAACUAAGGUUUGGGCUUCCUAUUCUAUCUAUUC